GCGACUUCAAUUGCGAGCGUGCUGAAGUUGAGACUUGUGGUGCGAUGCGGUUCAUCCGGGCCCAGCUGGCCGGCGCCCUGGAUGCUGCGCGUGCCCAACCGGGCAGGGCGAUCGACUUCUUCAUCGCGUCGGCGGGGCUCGAGUUUCAGUCGAUCGGCGCGGCGCCUGGGUCGCCAGUCUGGCAGCGCCAGCCCGACACCAUCAAGCUCGCGGCCUCGAGGGGGACUUCCCCUCGAGCGCAACCUCAUGGCUGCGCCCGGCUUGACCGCGGCAGCGCGCGGGCCCAGCUAGCCAGUCGCCUACAGGAUCUGUUUGGCGGGCCUCAGCAGCAUAUGGACUUGGCGCGGCAGUUAUUCAUCCGGGCCGCGGAGGCCGAGCGGUCCAAGCCCGCAGCGCCUGCCGCCAACCUGUGGUGGUGGGCGAACAACUGCAUGCACCUUCACGCGCUGGGCCUCGGGCCUUUCGCGGAGGUUGGCGAGAAGGCUCGCGAGCAGGCCGUCAAGAUGGCAGACCACGACAUGCACGCGAGAGGCGCCAGGUUCAACGAGCGGGCCUUGAAGCCGUCACUUGGCGGGGGAGGAGGAGGUACGCGCGCGCUUUCGAAGGUGCCUUCUGGAUCCGAGCCGAGCCUUAUGAUUGCCAGAGUGGUUGACGAGGAUGGCCCGUGCAGCAUGGGCGAGCAGCAGCUGCGCGAGCCGAUGGACUUGCCUGGGGAGGUGGUCAGGCUGGGGGCUGCGCGGAGCAG